ACAGUUGCAAGGUGGGCGUGCUCAUAGCGCUAGUUUCCACCAGCAAAAUAAACUACCGGUACAUAUGCAAUUCACAGAGGUACUGUUUUUGAAACGCGGUGAGUCCUGUCGCUAACUGCAGAAUUAAAUAACUGGAUAAGUUGCUGGAUAGCUUAAAAGGACGUUUCACUACUAUAUAUUUACUGACAACCAAGGACACCACAUGGACACUCACACCACCAGUGCUAAAGUGCUUCUCAACCAUGCUACGACAUUGAAUCUGCACACGGGAAAUUUAGUAAACCGUAGCCGUCUCAAGAAAAAAUGUCCGUCUUCACAUAGUGAAGAGAUUCAAGACUGUGUUCGAGCUACACUUAGUGAGUGGUUUGCCACGAUACCACCACCAACUUCACCAACGGUUAGGCAGUUCUCUUAUUUAUUUGUUUAUUUAUUGAUCUCUAUUUGCUAUAAAUGAAUGGGCUGAAGCACAGUUUGCCGAUCUGCAUUUAACCUAUUGGACUAAUAAUUAGCUAGAUCCCAAAUGUGAUCUUUUAAUCUUUUAUUUAGUUAGCAUUCUAUUGCUUUAUUUAAAAAACUUGCAUAAACACAGUAAAUAUAAUGUAGGCAUACCUGUCAGGGUAACCGAAACCACUUCAUGUCACCAUUUACCCCCCCCCCCCUUUCCCUGGUUGCUACUACUCUUGUUCAACUAAGCAUGUAAUCUGUCACCACAAUUUAAGUCACUCCUCAACAAAUAUAUAGAGGUUAUUGCAUUUUACCCCAAGUUACCCUACAGUUGACCCACGUUCCAUUUAGUCCCACUCUCCCAAUGCACUCACUGCAAACUCUGGGUUUAAAAUGGUGCCGUUCACAGAUAUUUAGGAGUUGAGAAAUAAAGUAGGAAUGGAAAGCUGGGAUCCCCCUCUUUUUUAAUAAAGGCCAUUAAAACUGCUGUUUUCCCUGCGAUUGCCAGAAUUGUUGUGCAUCGACUGCUUGUCGGAAUGCAUGUUUUCCUCCCUAUGGCACUGAUAACUUGAACACACAACAAGCCGACCAGGGAAAUAGAUAAAAUCAGACAACCCAUAGUAUAAUAGUUUAUCUAUUCAUUAGUUGUUUUGUUUGCAGAGGAAAACUACAUCUGGACCGCUCUAGCAUCUUCAAAGUGCUCCUCGGCAGAAAUAUUGUUCAUGUUAGAUAUUUUUUUGGCCUGGUGGCAAUGAUUUUACCGUGGCGCAGUGCCAGAGCUAAAUGACUGCAGCGGAAAAACUGGAGAGACAUCACACUCCAUCCACCCACUCAAUACCACAUACAGUGCAUUCGGGAAAGUAUUCAGACCCCUUCCCCUGGACAAGGCAGUAAAUCCACUGUUCCCAGGCUGUCAUUGUAAAUAAGAAUUUGUUCUUGCCUAAAAUUUAAAAAAAUCUACACCCAAUACUCCAUAAUAACAAAGUGAAAACAGGUUUUUAGACAUUUUUGAAAAUCUAUUUUUAAAAAACGGAUACCUUAUUUACAUAAGACCCUUUGCGAUGUGACUCUAAUUUGAGCUCCGGUGCAUCCUGUUUCCAUUGAUCAUCCUUGAGAUGUUUCUGCAACUUGGAGUCAACCUGUGGUAAAUGCAAUUGAUUGGACAUGAUUUGGAAAGGCACACACCUGUCUAUAUAAGGUCCCACAGUUGACAGUGCAUGUCAGAGCAAAUACCAAGCCUUGAGGUCGAAGGAAUUGUUCGUGAAGCUCCGAGACAGGAUUGUGUCUGCACAGAUCUGGAGAAGGGUACCAAAAAAUGUCUGCAACAUUGAAGGGCCCCAAAAACACAGUGGCCUCCAUCAUUCUUAAAUAGAAGACGUUUGUAACCACCAAGACUCUUCCUAGAGCUGGCCAAACUGAGCGAUUGGGAGAAGGGUCUUUGUCAAGGAGGUGACCAAGACCUCGAUGGUCACUGACAGAGCUCCAGAGUUCCUCUGUGGAGAUGGGAGAACCUUCCAGAAGGACAACGAUCUCUGCAGCACUUCACCAAUCAGGCCAGACAAAGCCACUCCUCAGUAAAAGGCACAUGACAGCCGGCUUGGAAUUUGCCACAAGCACCAAAGGCUCUGACCAUGAGAAACAAGUUUCUCUGGUCUGAUGAAACCAAAAUGUAACUCUUUGGCCUGAAUGCCAAGCGUCAUGUCUGGAGGAAACCUGGCACCAUCCCUACGGUGAGGCAUGGUGGUGGUGGCAGUAUCAUGCUGUGGGGAUGUUUUUCAGCAGCAGGAACUGGGAGACUAGUCAGGAUCGAGGCAAAGAUGAACAAAGCAAAGCACAGAGAGAUCCUUGAUAAAAACCUGCUCAGGACCUCCGACUGGGGUGAAGGUUAACCUUCCAACAGGAGGACAACUCUAAGCACACAGCCAAGACGACGCAGAAGUGGUUUCGGGACAAGUGUCAAUGUCCUUGAGUGGCCCAGCCAGAGCCCGGACUUGAACCCGAUCGAACAUCUCUGGAGAGACCUGAAAAUAGCUGUGCAGUGAUGCUCCCCAUCCAACCUGAUAGCGCUUGAGAGGACCUGCAGAGAAGAAUGGGAGAAACUCCCCAAAUACAGGUGUGCCAAGCUUGUAGCGUCAUACCCAAGGACCGAGGCUGGAGUAGCUGCUAAAGGUGCUUCAACAAAGUACUGAGUAAAAGGUCUGAAUACUUAUGUAAAUGUGAUUCUUGUUUUUAUUUAAUAAAUUAGCAAAAAUGGCAUCUGUUUUUGCUUUGUCAUGGUUAUUGUGUGUAGAUUGAGGGGGAGAAACUAUUGAAUCCAUUUUAGAAUAAGGCUGAAACAAAAAAUUGAAGGGGUCUGAACUUUGCGAAUGCAUCGUAGUUUGCCACGCUGAUGAAGACUUUUUUUUAGCUGCAAAGCAUCUGUGUUUUUAGUAGUAACAAAAUAUAUAUUAUUGCUAUGCAUACGCUUUAAAGUCUAAUUUAUCCACUACAUGAAAGUGCUUCUAUUAUUUCAGAAAAUUUGUUUGAACUAAGGUUUUUUUGGCAUUAACUAUCCAGCAUCAACUACCUUUUGUUCUAUAGUAUUUUAUCCCAUGAUCAAAGAGCACCUCAUGGUAAACAACUAUAACCAAAGAAGCACUCCUUCUGUGUCUACCACCUAGCCUAGUUGUAUUUCCCAUGCAUGUUUUAUUACGUACAUAGCUAUUAACCCAACUUCCAAACACCGAUUAUAGUGUUCAUAAUCUUUUUACCAAGUUCCCAUGGUGACCAAGUGUCUACAGUAUCAGUGAUCAGCUAACAUUUUACAUCAUCUAGCAUUAAUGAACAAUACUUGUGUAACCAUGGGUUACUUCUACGUGAUGGAGUUCUUCUCCUGGGAAAACAAAAUAGCUGUCUGACUGCAAAGAAUUCCUCAGACUGAUGAAAGGGAACUGUCAUUUUGAUCGUUCAUGCAAAGUUGCCUGCGAAAGGUUCUACAUGUGCUUCUGCUGUGAGGUUGGCGUAGCUUUGCCCUGUGGUAUUUCUGCUAAUCUGCUUCAGCACGCUCAGUGAAUACAGAGGGGAGAGGGGGUCUAAGCCCUAAAUAAAACCUUUUUAGUUCGAUGCGGUGAUAGAACUAUUUCACGUUCUCUUUGGAAGGGCGGGAAUAGAGGGCUGUCUGAAACCAUUAAGUGCGCCUCGUUGGACUUUUGAUGAUAGUUUGGCAGCCUCUGCCGCACAGUGCAAAUGAAGCACGCCUCUGUUUCAUGCGGCAUGCCAGAGCGAGCAGUUCUUCCACUGUCGGGAGAAAUGGUAAUGCAUAUUAAUAUUAAUUGCUUAGCUACAAACACAACAGCGGAAGCACAUUCAUGAUCUCUGAUUCGCAGGUGGAGGACUUCUGUGAGAGCUUAUUGUUAUUCCUUAAAACCUUUGCCCCCCAACCAACGAGGAAGUCUGCUGUAGGGUUGCCAGCCCGCUCUUCAUUUCCAUUCAGUUCGACUCGCCAUAAGUUCGGGGUCUGAACUAUGCAUUACGUACACAAAGCCAAAGCUUAUUGGAGCAUCCCUGCAAUGAAAUCCCACAAGAUUGUAAAACAGAAAUUCUGGGACUUACCAGACACAAUUGACUGCUCCAUCCCUCAAGCUACAGAAGCAAUCACACCUGAGGAGAGGGAGGAGCUGAAGGUUUCAGUCAAACUAUUUAUUUGCGAGGCAGACCUCUCUUCAAUCAAAGAUGCAGUAGAUAAGGCUUGCCAGGCCCUGGCUGUUUCCCAGCUGGACUCAGUGAUCAUUGCGCCCCCUGCUCUGCCUGAGGAAGUGAGCCAGACCCUGGACAACCUGCAGCCUGCCUGGAGUGAACUGGAGGGUCUGGUGCAAAGCCACAAGAUUGCUACCAUCGGCACCUCCGACCUGGACAAGGAGCUCCUGGAGCAGCUCUACAACUGGGCCCAGGUGAAACCCAGUAGUAACCAGGUGAAUCUGGCCUCCUGCUGUGUGAUGCCCCCUGACCUGACUGCUUUUGCAAAGGAGUUUGACAUUCAGCUACUGACUCAUAAUGACCCAAAAGAACUGAUUACUGCUGCCAGCUUCCAGGAGGCAGUGCAGGAGAGCACUCAGGACCUGAAGGUGGCAGACUGGAGGUUGGAGUGGAUUUUGCGUUACUCCAUCAUAGUCAAAAGCAGGGGGAUCAUCAAAGCAAAAGGCUACCUUGUUCACGCAAAGAGAAGCAGCCUGUAGCAUGUCCUCUGAAAACCACUUGUUCAGAUGUUAUUCAUGACCAAUGCAUUCAUAGUAAUGAAACCACUUACCCUUCUGCAUUGCAGUGGAAGCUGUGUUUUAAAGACUGAUAGGUAGCUAAACUUUUAUCCAACAUGGUUUCAAAGUGGAUUUCUCCUUUUCUCCCCGCAUCUACUUUAUUUUGCUGUAUCAAGGAUUAUGGGGUAUUAUGACAAAAUGAUGCAUUGGUACCACAGAAUUUGUAUUUUAGUACAAUGACAGAAUUAUUCAAAAGCUGUUUAAAGGGGAAACAGCCUCUAACCCACUAUGGAAAUGUCCUAUGAUAUUUUUACAUUGUAAAUUUGCAUCUGUUGUUAAAGCUUGAGUCAUAUGUAAAGUCCUAGUGCUCUCUGAUGUGUAUGAGCAGCUUCUACUGUAUAAUACUGGCACCCUCUAUUGGCAAUGGGGGGGGAUUAAGGCCUAAUUCCAAUUGACAUUUAUGGUUAGUUCUGAAACUAUUUUUGAUUGUGUACACAUUUUAUUUUAAACAAAUCUAGUGAUACUUUAUGGAUGUUAGUAUUGUCAUGUCAAACAUUUUAAUAUAUGUUUAAAGCCCUGUACUUACUGAGAAUAUACUAGGACAGUGGUUCCCAAACUGUGGGGUGUGCCUCCUAGGGUUUAAAUUAGUAGGCUCAACACCUUUAUUGUAUAUUCCUAAUAGCACUGAAAAAUUCCCGAUUGGCAUGGAAAAUGAAUUACAAGCUCUGAAGUGUCUGGAUUCAUCAUGGCUUUUCUUCCAGACAUUGUCCAAAAAGUUUGAUUUCUCUCUUGUACUGUAAUUAAAAUGUUGCUAUUUUCUGUAUAUCAUGUCCUACAAUUGGGUUUAUUAAAUGAUGGAAGACUAA